UGCUCUCCAAGAAGCCUGCCAAAGGCUGCCUGGCGCACAGGGGUGCUUUGUGCCCAUCUAGGCUGAGAGGCUGUCGGAUGUUUCACUCACAGCAGGAGCCCAGCGCUGGUUUUGCAGUGCACCCAGGAACAAAGCUGGGCAGAUGGCAGCGCGGCCCCAGCCCGCUGGAUCCCGGGGGGCGCAGGGCGUUGGGUGGCUGGGGAAGGAAACUUGCGCAAGAGCAAAGUGCAAGAGCAAGUAUAAGGCCCAAACCCCCACCCAGGAGCCCAGCCCAGCCUCCCGGAGAGGAACUUCCCAUCGCCGCAGCCAGACGGAGGAAGCCGGGGCUGAACGACACAGCGCCUCUCCCGCCCCGCAGCACAGCAUGGGGCAGCUGCCGCCGCCAGGCAGCUAGAGCAGCCGCGGAGCCGAUCGAGGAGCCGGCCGUGCCCAUGGGGCCGUGCAGGAGGAAGGACCCCCGGCGCCCCGGCCCCGCCGCGCCCCCGCUGCCCUGGGCGCUGCUGACCGCCCUGGUUGGGGCCGGGGUCGUCGUGUGCCAGCCGCGCUUCACCCUGCCCGUGCGCAUCGACAACAUCGCGGCGAGCGGCGACAGCCUCCUGGUGGCGGGCGGCAACUGCCUCUACAAGCUGGACCCGUCCCUGGGCCAGGAGUCCUGCGCGCGGCUGCACCUGGCGCGCCCGGGGGCGCAGGACUGCGCGCAGCUGCACCUGGCGUACGCGGGGGCGCAGGACUGCGCGCAGCCGGCGGGCACCCGCAACAAGCUGCUGCUGCCAGACCUGGAGGGCGGCCGCCUGCUCACCGGCUGGACCCUGCACGGCGGCAGCUGCCAGGUGCGGCUCCUGGGCAACCUGACGGCGCUGUUCAACCAGAGCGAGGUGGUGAGCUGCCUGCCGCAGGGCUCCACCACCGGGGUGCUCUUCGCGCUGCGGUCCGGCUCCCGCUUGCUGGCGCUGGCCGCCACCUACUCGCUGACCGAGAAGCCUCCUCCGUGCGCUCCCUCGGCCUCGGACGCCGACACGGUGCUCACCGUGCGCAACCUGCCGGACCUGAGCCUGACCAGGGCGGAAGAGAAGCUGAAGCGCGCCAAAGGGAACCCGCUGCACUUCGUGGACGCCUUCCAGUGGGGCGAGCACCUCUUCUUCCCCUACUACCCCUUAACCCCGGCGGGCCACCAGGCGGCGGGGCUGCCCCGCGUGGCCGUGCUGAAGUUCACGGAGUCCCCCAUCAGUCUCGUCGGCGAGCUGCUCCUGGACUGCGGCGGCCGCAGCACCCUCCUCUCCUCCAGCCUCCUGGAGCGGGCGGGCUUGUGGGCCGGGGUCUUCAGCGCCGGGCCGGGCGAGCGGCGCUGGGACUCCACCGCGCUCUGCAUCUUCGACAUGCGCGACAUGAAGCAGGUGGCCGAGCAGCGGAAGAAGGCAGACGACAGUUGCACAUUGUUACACAACAUCAAUGAAACUCGUCAUUGUCAAAAACUGUUAUCGCCGGUCAAAAAGUCACCCACCUUGAUUCACUCUGAUUUAUCAGCUGUUUAUGCUACUAUAGUUUUGAACAAGACAGUUUUGUUUUUGGGAACAAAAUAUGGACAGUUACUGAAGGCUAUUCUUAACAACAAUAUGGAACCGAACUGCCCAGAGAUUUUGUAUGAAAUUGAAGAAGAAUCUUCUGUUUUUCCCAAACUUGUACUUGACCCAGUGGAUAGUGACUACAUAUAUCUGUCAUUUGCUAACGAGGUGAGAAGAAUACAGGUUGCAAACUGCAGUAAAUAUGGUUCCUGUAAAGAAUGUUUAUCUGCAAAGGAUCCACACUGUGGAUGGUGUUAUUUAAGCAAAAGGUGCACUUUAAAAGGAAAUUGUUCACAUUCAAAUAACUCAAGGGACUGGGUUAACAUUUCACAUGAAGCUGAUAAAUGCCUUACAAUCCAGAUACGACUCAUUGGUAGAAACGAGAUUGUUGUGACUGCAGUUGGAGAUGUUUCAGCAGUCUCCAAAGGACACUUUGUUUGUAUUAUGAAAGAUACAAAAACCAACCAAGUACUUUGUAAAAAGGAAGAGCCACAAAUCAUGAACUGUUCUUGCAAUCCAAAUAGUGCAGCACUAAUCAACAAGGAUAUUUCAGCUGUUGAAGUGACACUCAUUGCUGAUUCUUGGAAUUUGUCAGAAACAUUUCAGUUGAAAAAUUGCUCAAGAUGUAUCAGCUCUGGUGUUUGUGCCUUCUGUGAAAUAAAGCGUCUCUCUCCCUUUGUUGCCUGCAAGCCUGAUGAUUCUGGGCAAGUUCAGGAUGAUUGUCAUCCGAUUGACAAACAAGGGGAUGUGCCAGCCACUACUGCUUCCCAAAUGACAGCUACUACACAGAUGUCAGAGCCUAUCUGCAAUAUUUCCAUAGAACCUUUAUGGAUAUCAGUGUUAGGUAGAAGAGACGUGAUAAUCAAAGGAGCAAACUUUACAGAAGCAUCAAACAUUACAGUGGUGUUGACUGGAACCAGUAGCUGCAAACAAGACAACAUACAAGUCAGCAAGGUGUUAAAUGACACACACGUGAGAUUCUCUCUCCCACCUAGACGCAAAGAGGCCAAGAGAGUACACAUAAAGGCCAAUGGGCAUAAAUCUUCACCACCAAUCACAGUAUAUUAUGUCUCUGAGCCAUCAUGUACUAAAAUACAGCCAAACAUCGCUUGGGCCAGUGGUGGUCGCAAAAUAACCCUCUUUGGGAGAAAUUUUAAUGUGACAGACAGUGUCAUUAUUUCAGAUGACCAGAGAUUAAAAUUUACUGUCUCUGGAUGUCCUGGAAGUACUUCUCCAUGUAGUUUCCUAACACCAGAUGUUAGCCUUUCAAAAGAGUUUAAAAAUGUUACUGUGUCACUAAAACUGGAAAAUGUCCUUAUACCUUGUUUUGAAUUAAAAUAUUAUCCUGACCCUAUAUUUAUUGACUAUCAACUGCAUACUGAGAUGGACCCACAUCUGGAAUUAAAAUUAUAUAAAAAAAAAGACACCUUAAAUAUUUCUGAAAAUGAGAUUAGCGUUACUCUCACUAACAUGAUGAAUAAUAUGACUUUGGAACGUAUCAUCUUCAGCGUUCAAAAUAUUACCGAAACCCGAGAUCAUACUACUAUACUGUGCAAAGGCAACAAGAAAAAAGAAGGCAAGAUUGACUUAUCCACUGUGAAAGUUUGGGUCACAGUAGGAAACUUUUCACAGGAAGUUCAAAAGAAAUCAUCGCACAAGUAUUUGUAUGUUCUGUCUUUGCUCCCUAUCUUAUUACUGGGUGUAAUUGUUGUGGCAAUCAUAGUAACUAGGUACAAAUCCAAACAGUUAACCCGUAAACUGAGUCAACAAAUUGAACUGUUAGAAUGUGAAAUUCGGAAAAAAAUACGUGAUGGAUUUGCAGAGCUACAGAUGGAUCAAUUAGAUGUGGUGGAUAGUUUUGGAACUGUUCCCUUCCUCGACUACAAACAUUUUGCUCUUAGAACUUUCUUCCCAGAGUCAGGCGGCUUUGCAUCCAUUUUCAUUGAAGACAUGCACACUAAUGUGUCACGGAGCAGAGACCCCAGGCAAAAGGAUGAAAGCCUCACCAUGUUGAAUGCUUUAAUUUGUAACAAGGAUUUUCUUGUUACUGUCAUUCACACCCUUGAAAAACAGAAAAAUUUCUCUGUGAAAGACAGGUGCUUGUUUGCAUCCUUCUUGACUAUUGCACUACAAAGUAAACUAGUCUACCUAACCCAUAUUCUAGAAGUCUUGACCAGGGACUUGAUGGAGCAGUCUAGCAAUAUGCAACCUAAGCUCAUGCUAAGGCGCACAGAAUCUGUCGUAGAAAAACUGCUGACAAAUUGGAUGUCUGUUUGCCUUUCUGGUUUUCUUCGGGAGACAGUUGGAGAACCAUUCUAUAAGCUUGUGACCGCCCUCAACCAGAGGAUAAACAAAGGGCCGGUAGACGUAAUAACUUGCAAAGCCCUGUAUACACUAAAUGAAGACUGGCUUCUGUGGCAAGUGACCGAAUUCAAACCAGUGGCACUGAAUGUCUUCUUUGAAAAAAUCCCAGAAGAUGAGUGUGCAGAUACCUGUCUUGAUAUCGAAGCUAAUGUUCUGGAUUGUGAUACCAUAGAGCAAGCCAAAGAGAAGAUCUUUCAAGCAUUUCUAAACAAGAAUGGCUCCCUUUAUGGUCUUCAGCUCAGUGAAAUUGGUCUUGAACUUCAGUCUGGUGCACAGCAAAAAGAACUGUUAGAUAUAGAUGUUUCCUCUGUGAUUCUGGAAGAUGGGAUAACAAAGCUAAACACCAUAGGUCACUAUGAGAUUUCAGAUGGAGCAACUAUAAAAGUCUUUAAAAAGAAAACUAAUUUCACAUCAGAUGUGGAAUACUCUAACAAACACUGUCAUUUGAUUUUACCUGACUCUCAAGAGCCACAGGGAGCAAUGCACAAAGGAAAGCAAAAAUUUGAAGUGAAAGAAAUGUAUCUGACAAAGCUGUUGUCUACCAAGGUCGCAAUUCAUUUAGUUGUUGAAAACCUCUUCAAAAGCAUUUGGAGUUUACCCAACAAUAAAGCCCCAGUUGCCAUCAAAUACUUUUUUGACUUUUUGGAUGCUCAAGCUGAAAGUAAAAAAAUUACAGAUCCUGAUGUGGUCCACAUAUGGAAAACCAACAGUCUUCCUCUUCGCUUCUGGGUGAAUAUAUUGAAGAACCCUCAGUUUGUCUUUGAUAUUAAGAAGACACCACAUAUAGAUGGCUGUUUGUCAGUAAUUGCACAAGCUUUCAUGGAUGCCUUUUCUCUAACAGAACAGCAGCUGGGAAAGGAUGCACCAACAAAUAAACUUCUCUAUGCUAAGGAUAUUCCACUCUACAAGGAGGAGGUGAAAGCUUACUAUAAAGCAAUCAGGGAUUUGCCUCUAUUGCCCUCAGAGGUAGAAGAAUUUUUAACUCAGGAAUCUAAGAAACAUGAAAAUGAAUUGAAUGAGGACGUGGCCUUGACUGAAAUCUACAAAUACAUAGCAAAAUAUUAUGAUGACAUUCAAAGUAAAUUAGAGAGAGAACAGGGGCUAGAAGAUGCCCAGAAAGAUCUCCUGCAUAUAAAAGCCUUAUUUGAUGAAAAGAAAAAAUGCAAGUGGAUGUGAACAGAGCACGCGGGCCCAAGACUGUGAUUUUUAAACUACAGGUGCUGGUACCAAACUAGUGUUUUGGCUGGUUAUGUGUCUUUUUUUUACCAUUUGGAUAUUGUUCUCCAGUCAGACCAUUUAAAGUAUUUUACGUGUAGGGCAUAACCAACAGGCACACCUACAGAGCGAGACUUUCAAAUAUGGGCAUGUAAAAGUGCGUGUGAGCCUUGUACUCAUGCGUUGAGCCUGUUUAGUACAUUUGUGUGCCCAGACCCUCCGAUUUGAAAGUCUGCCCCACGUAGUUCAACAUGAAAUAAACAUGCAGAAACCAAUGUACUCACUGUAAGUUAAAGAAACUUUCACCUAAGCAUGUUUUUCGUAGGUCACUGCCACCUUAACAGAGAAUAGUGCUAAUUGGUCAUACACCCUGACACCUCAUUGGUCUUAGUGUAGCCUUAAAUACUAUUUUAAGUACAAUUCCCCUCCCUUGUUCCCCCUUAAACACAAAAAUGUGCUAGUUUUGUUUGAAAACAAUAGACGAGUAGCACUUAUGCCCAGGUAAUUAAGUAUUAGCAGAAAAGCUGGUGGAGAGGCUCCAGGGCUAGAUGUGAGGAGCCAUUUUUUUUAACUCAAGGUACACGGAUUCUUGUUUUAGAAAUUCUCAGUGUGAAGGAAUCCAAAGGUGUGUAGAACAUUAGGUUGCUGGUGCAAUCAACUGUUCCAAGGACAUUUUCCAUAGUUUACAUUGCUAAGAUUUGAGAGUAUCAAGACACUCUUGAACACAUUUAUGUUUUGAUGAUGGUAUAUAAAUACACUGCAUCCACACAUUCCAAUUAUUUCACUAAAUCAAAUGGAGGUUGUUUUUUUGGGGUGAUAAAAGAUUUACUUAGUGGCCAUGUAGAUUAGUAUGGACGAGGGGACUCUAGUUUUCACUGUGGCUACUAGUUUCUCAAAUGUAUAAAGCUAGUAGUUUGCCUGAGAGCACAAGUGAAGUGUUCUGUUGGAAGUUUAGGAUUAUUCUAAAAAAUUGCAAAAAAAGUCGGUCAUAGUUGCUGAUGUUUUUACUGCUGUGGCUAUGGUGCUACUUUUUGAUACAUACAGUUCACCUGGGCUUUGCUAGAGAGAUCCGUGCCUGACUGCCUUAAACUCCUAUAGGCCUUCAGAUUUAGCUCAGGACUCAUGUAUAUUACAAGUAUCAGAGGGGUAGCCCUGUUAGUCUGGAUCUGUAAAAGCAGCCAAGAGUCCUGUGGCACCUUAUAGACUACUUUGCUGCAUGUAUAUUACAGUAAUAACUGAGUCAGGGAUCCCAAACACAAUGCACUUCCAUUCUGGAGCAUGCAGAGCUUUAGCCUAUGGCACAUGAGUAAGGUCCUGGCUAUGCUGUACGUUGGAACUGUUUUGUAGCUACAUUCGCUGACCCAGUUGCAACUGCUGUCCAGCUGGGCUCGCUAAGGCUAAAGCCUUCUACUAGGUCUGGGGUGCAGCUAAAGGAUCUCUCUCCUUUCACAGCAAAACACAAAAGGGAAACAGUUACUUAGGAAGCCCUGCACUGAGUUUGAGUCAUCAACCACUUGCAGGAGGAGGUGUAGAUAAGGGGGAAAAGACUGGUGCAGUAACUUCCUGGAGGAAGCAUGGUCCUUGAGCUACUUCGAACUCCUGGGGCUCUGAACAGCCGUGCACAUGAACAGCAAGCACCUCGACACUGCACCCGACAGCAUAGCUCAGUUAGGAGUUGUGCUGCUAGUGACUGCCUCAGCGAGCGGGUAGAAGGCCCACAGCAGGCGUUAAUUAUCUCUGCAGGAAAUGGUAGGGGUUGGUCAGGCGCAGUGCCACAACUAUGCCUGGCCAAAUCUGAGGCGUGCUAACCACCCGCUGAGGGCAGCAGGGCCCAGCUGUUAACUUGGGGAAAGGGGAGGUUGGCUGCAGCUCUGCUUCCUCCCCUCCCAGACUUUGUCUGGCACAUGCACACAUUUCCCUUUCUUUUACCCAAAAGGGGAGCCCUUAAUUCACACGCAUUUAGUAAAUAACCUUUUAUCUGAUGUUUAUAUUUGAUGGACUGUAGCCACUGUAAAAAUACCGUGUGAGAUACCCAGGGGACAAGCUGGAGAAAAAACAGGGAGUGCUCAGCACCCAUGGGACUGGCCACCAAUCAGCUGUUCAGUGGCUGGCCCUAUGCCCCCAUCAGUUCUUCAGCAGCUGUGCCACCGAGCAGCUGUUGGGCAGGGCUGCCCUGCCAUGCUCUGCCCCCCACCCCCACUACUCCCUUAAGGGGGGGGGCACAGAGUGGGACCUCACAGGAGGGGGAACAAAGUCAGUGUGGGGACACCCACUGUCAAAAGCAAAAGUCAGUGCCUGUGGGACACAACCACUACUCACUGCAGCCAUCCACCUUAGCUGCUCUGUUGAGUUGUUUUAGGAAUGUUUAAUGGUCCUGCUGUAGCCUUUAAACAACAUGUUUGAAGUGACUAUUAUAGGAGUGGAGCAGGGAGAUUUGAGAGGCAGGAAGGGGUAAAAGGUCGGUUACAGUUCAGGGUGCUGGUGACUGUUCUUUAAAAGGAAAUGCAAUCAUUCUGGCCAAGCCUAACCGCUUGUGUAGAUGGGGUAGUGGAGGCUGCCUGCCAAGCGUGCCCGUUAGCAGGCAUAGAAACAGUGCUGCUUGAGGCUCCCUGCCCUUGGGAAGAAGGAAUGGAAAUAGCCCUCUUUAGGCACAUAAUCAGCAUGUGUUGAAAGGGGCAGAGAAGUUAAAGUCAGUCCUGUUUUGUAUUUGUUUUUGGGGCCACUGCUUACCAGCUAAGAGGUAAAAUGGUGAAGCAGGUGUAAUGCACUUAUAUCCCACACAGGACUAGAAUUACUGCAUUUUAGUUAAGUCUCAGCAGUAGCUUCACUCCAAAUUUUGGUAAAUCAUUUAAACAUAUACCCGGGCUUACCAACCUGUGAAGUGGGUCUCCUAUAGUGCAAUUAAAUGUAUAAUCAAAUGUUUGUAGAUUGUUUUAGAACCUUGGGUGAGAUUGUAAACCAUUAUGGAAUGCACUUAGUAUUUGCACUCCCCUGACAUUUCAUCACCCCGAGAACACCGACAGUCAAAUCACAUACCUGUUUUGGAAAGUCUGUGGAUUAAAGCAGAUACAAUUACCAGUUAACAGCAUUGGCUGUAAGGGAAACAACCAACCUGUCUUGAACUUAUUUUCAGAUGUUUACAGGCAAAUUAACUAUUUGUAAACAGUAUUUGUUUUUCUAACACUAGCUUGUAAAGCAUUAUUUUGCAGUUAGUAUAAUGUAAUGUUAAACCCUACUAACAUGUAAAGUAAUCCCUUUUGUACAGAAUUUAAGCUGUUUAAAAUGGAUGUUUCAAGUAAGUACAGAGCAGUGAUGCAACUUGAUGUGUGUAUAACUUAUUCAGAAUAAAAUGUAUUUGAAAUUUA